GAAGCGCGGCAGACCUGAAUGAGCUUGUUUGUCGUGCAGACGUGUUGAUAGUCUUCAAAGGCUUGUGAAGCGAAAAAUUGAACUUCACUUUCAUUCGUCAGUCGAUAGUCUCUAUCGCUUGUUUUUUUUCUAACUUUUGACAAUGGAAAUGCAGACAGAAGAGUUGGCGUGUGAUGAGGACAGCUUCGGGCCACUUGCGCUCUCAAAACUCGAGGGAAAUGGAGUUUCAGCUAGUGAUGUGAAGAAACUGGAAGAGGCGGGUUACUACACUGUUGAGGCUGUUGCUUAUGCUCCAAAGAAGCAGUUGACGACCAUUAAAGGAAUCAGUGAAGCUAAGGCUGACAAGUUGUUGAGUGAGGCAUUGAAGCUUGUUCCAAUGGGAUUCACAACAGCUACCGAGUUUCACCAGCGACGAUCCGAGCUUGUACAGCUAACAACUGGGUCGAAGGAGCUUGACAAGCUGCUAGGAUCUGGCAUCGAGACUGGAUCUAUAACAGAAAUAUUUGGAGAGUUUCGAACAGGAAAAACACAGCUUUGUCACACACUUGCAGUCACGUGUCAGCUUCCUAUAGAUCAGGGCGGAGGAGAAGGUAAAGCUUUGUAUAUAGACACCGAGGGAACAUUCAGGCCUGAACGACUUCUUGCAGUGGCAGAAAGGUAUGGGUUAAAUGGUGGUGAUGUACUUGACAAUGUGGCAUAUGCUCGGGCAUACAACUCAGAUCACCAAACUCAGCUGCUAUUGCAAGCAUCAGCAAUGAUGGCAGAAUCUCGCUAUGCUUUGCUCAUUGUCGACAGUGCUACUGCCCUCUACAGGACUGACUACUCUGGCCGUGGCGAGCUGUCUGCUCGGCAGAUGCACAUGGCACGGUUUCUGCGCACUCUUCUGCGACUAGCAGAUGAGUUUGGAGUGGCGGUGGUAAUCACAAAUCAAGUGGUUGCACAAGUUGACGGUGCUUCUAUGUUUACGGCUGAUCCCAAGAAACCAAUUGGUGGCAAUAUCAUGGCUCAUGCAUCCACCACUCGUCUGUACUUGAGGAAGGGACGUGGUGAAACUCGCAUCUGCAAGAUCUAUGACUCUCCUUGCCUUCCCGAAGCAGAAGCAAUGUUUGCAAUCAAUGCGGACGGUAUUGGUGAUGCCAAGGAUUAGCAAACAGCACUCGUUUGCUUUACAUAAUAUACGGUAUAUAGUUGCAUAGAAUCCAUACCGAUUACAAUCCAUUUAUGUGGGAGGAAAAUCAUCACAACUCCCAGCAUUUAAUAGAGUUUGUUUGAAAUAGAAUGAAGGUGCCGAUGGAAGUCAAUGGUAUAAAA